UCUUGAAACUGCAUCUGAACUUGAAGGCCAAGGGAAAAUGACCCAUUACCAUAACGACUCUAAAGAGAACGAUGAAGUGGAGUUUGUGCGAACGGGCUAUGGGAAGGAUAUGGUAAAAGUUCUCCACAUUCAACGAGACGGAAAAUAUCACAGCAUUAAAGAGGUGGUGACUUCAGUGCAACUUACUCUGAGUUCCAAAAAGGAUUACCUGUAUGGAGACAAUUCAGACAUCAUUCCUACAGAYACCAUCAAGAACACAGUUCAUGUCAUGGCAAAGUUCAAAGGGAUCAAAACCAUAGAAAACUUUGCUUUGAAUAUCUGUGAGCAUUUCCUUUCUUCUUUUAACCAUGUCCUCCGAGCUCAUGUCUACAUGGAAGAGAUCCCUUGGAAACGUUUUGAAAAGAAUGGAGUUAAACAUAUUCAUGCAUUUAUUCACACUCCCACUGGAACACACUUCUGUGAGGUUGAACAGAUGAGGAACGGGUCUCCAGUCAUUCAUUCUGGAAUCAAAGACCUCAAGAUCUUGAAAACAACCCAGUCUGGAUUUGAAGGAUUCCUGAAAGACCAGUUCACCACCCUUCCUGAGGUGAAAGACAGAUGCUUUGCCACCCAAGUGUACUGCAAGUGGCGCUAUCACCAGAGCACAUACAUGGACUUUGAAGCUACUUGGGACACUGUUCGGGACAUCAUCUUGGAGAAAUUUUCUGGGCCUUAUGACAAAGGCGAGUACUCACCCUCCGUCCAGAAGACCCUCUAUGACAUCCAGGUGCUCACGCUGAGCCGGAUUCCCGAGAUCGAAGACAUGGAAAUCAGCUUGCCAAAUAUUCACUACUUUAACAUAGACAUGACCAAAAUGGGCCUGAUCAACAAGGAAGAGGUCUUGCUGCCAUUAGAUAAUCCAUAUGGUAAAAUUACUGGUACAGUCAAGAGGAAGCUGUCUUCAAGGCUGUGACCUUGUGGUAUAGGAAUCCAUUCUCAGUUGAGAAACUACUUCAUUUGCGAUGCUGCAGAUUGUAGGUGUUAGUCAUUUAGUCAUGCAACUUUUCAAUGUAGUACAUUAAUUAUUCACUUUCCUCCUGUACUUUUCUGAUACUUGACUCAGCAAGGCAUUUUGUGGAUUACCUUAUUAGUAAUAAUAACAUGCUCUGUGGAUAAAAUUUACUKUAAAAACCUUGAACAGUAUUAGAACAAUCACAAAUCAAUAUUUCUUUUUGGUGGUCUUGUGCCUUCCUGUCUUGGAGAUUUAGAAUCAAUUCAUUAAUGAAAUAAUUAUGAAUUAAUGGAGGUGCCACAUCAAUUAAUUUGAGCAUGAGUUGAAGAAGCAAAUAUUGUUUUCAUUGUAGCAAUGCUUYUGGGGA